AUGCGAUGCGAUUCGAUGCGAUUCGAUGCGAUGCGAUGCGAUGCGACUCAGGUGCGGGGCGCGGAGCGCGUGCGGGCGCAGGCGCGCCUCUGGCUGCGAGCUUGGCGCGGCGCCGUGGCAGAGAUGCGCCCUGGCAGGUUCGGCGCCGCCCUGUUGGCCCUCCCCGAGGACGACGGUGAUUGGCCGGCUCUCGAGGCGUUUCUCAGGCACGUUCACGACGUGGCCCCGCCUCCGAACGCCUUGUGGGUCCUGCACCCCGAAGGCGCUUUCACGCACACACUUCGGACUCCUGCAGAUGGUGAACGAAUACCACUUCAGGCACUAAGCCCGUAUGAUAGAGAAGUCUUUCCUGCGUGCAGGAUCCGUUCCAUCGGAGAGCUGCGCUUCCCCAGCUACGCACACUCACUACGCGGCUGCCUCCUGCGCGUGACGGCCAUGGACUGGCCGCCGUACGCGAUCCUCGAAAGAGGGCAGUACGUGGAUGGGCUGGACGUGAAGUUCAUGCGAACGGUGGCCUCCUACUUGGGAGCCCGCCUGGAGUUCCUGCUGCCGGGGAACGUGUCCUGGGAAACGGGCGCUGCUAUGGUGUCUGAAGGCGCCGCCGAGGUGUCGGUCGGUGCUUACAUGUUCGGCCAAUCCCUGGACGACGGGGACUGGGAGUUCGUCGACCGCUAUUGGAGUGAGGGUGCACGUGUGCGCAGGGUGCACGUGUGCGCGGAGAUCUGGGGCUGCCUGCUGCGCGUGGCGGAGCGGGGCGACAUGGCGGUGGCGAUCGACCGCUCGGUAGCCGAGUGGUUCCUGGUGCGCGGGCGGCGCGGCGGCGGCCGCUUCGAGUGGUUGGAGGCGCCGCUGGGCGCGUUCCACGUGACGCAGGUGGCCGGCCGCCGAGGGCCCCUGCGACCGGUGGUCGACCGCGUCGGCGCCGCGCUCCUCGAGACAGGGGUGUUCGCGCGCUGGUGGUGGAACGUGACGCGCGGGGGCGGCGGCGGGCGCGCGGGGGCGGCGGAGGACUCGCGCCCUCGGCCGCUGCGCGUGGGUCACGUGCAGGGCGCCUUCUUCCUGCUGGGGCUGGGCCUCGCAGCCGCCGCCCUCGCCCUGUGCGCGGAGGCGGCGCUGCCCCGCCGGCGACGCUGCGCGGCCACGCUCCUUCGCCGGAUGAACUGCGGCCUACAUAUACGCACCCCGGAAAAUACGACUCUAGCCAAACGUGACGUGGUGAAAUAG